UCAAUCAUUCAACACCUGAGCCCAAUAUUAAACUCAUUCACUAUAUAUUGUAAUUCACAGAUAUUUGUAACUCGGGUGUCUGUGGCGGUAAAUUUUACGAAUAUUAUCGUGGUAGGCAAACAUUACAUUGAGUAUUUGUAAUUAUACAGUUAUUUGGGAAUUCAAAAUAUUUUUCUCUACAUUCAUUCGUUUAUUGUAUUUUUAAAUGAGCAUUUUUUAAAAAUAUUUUAUAAUUAAUUAUAUAUCCAGUUCUAACUUUUUCUAAACCAAUACUUUUGAAGUGUCAACGCAUACUAAAUGCACUAAGUAUCGAUAAUUAUCGAAAAUUUUCAAAUAAUCGAUUUGUGAGCGGCAUACCUAGCCUGCGUUAUUGUACUUUUCGGAAGCAAUGCAAUAAAUCUUCUCUUUGUUUUUAUCUUAACGGUAUUUGAAGGAUACGUUUUUACAACCAGGUGUAUUGCUAUCGUUUACUGGAAAUAUUUAGUUUUCUGAUGAAGUUUAUAAAAGCAUAGAGUACUUUGUGUGACAUAAAAGAUGUCUUCGGAAAAGGAUAAACAUGUUUCUGUGACGCACUUCAUUAAUCCGCAACUGUUUUGGUUUCAUUCAAUUAGUGUGCCAAAUCCAGCUUAUCACGAAAUUAAGGAGCUGGAAGAGCAGCUUGAACAAUAUUAUCAAACACAUCAACCAUGGACGCAAGCGAUACAUAAGCCGGCAGUUGACAUGCUGGUGGCUGUAAAAUUCCUAUCUUGGCAUAAAAUGAUAAGAGCACGUGUUGAACACAUUGCAAAUUUCAGUAAAAAUACGCAAGGAGGUGAAUAUAUUAUGUGGGCCAUUGAUUACGGAUUUCCAUUUCAAACAAAGUCUGAACAAAUAUUUCGUUUGCCCGAUAAAUUAUCACGUCCAGUGGCACAUAUACAACGUGGAGGAUUGGCAUAUUUAACACCAGCCGAAAAGGAUUUUGAUUUUCGCAUGAAUUCUGCGGUAACAAAUGCCAAAGAGAAUUGGAGUCAACGUGCAUGUGAAUUGGUGGACAAACUAUUGAACGAAUCAGAAUCGGUUGUAUUUGUUGAGAAAUUUCGGCACGACGUACAUUUUUGGGGUGAUCUAAUAGUAACCACGCAUGUGGGCUAUAAAUGUAAUGUGCGUGAUUAUUUAAUUGGCAUAAGUUUGGCGCUAGAUGUUGGUCCGAAUUUUCGUGAGGCGUGUGUUAAUUUGAAAGCCACCAAAAUUUUGCCAUGGAUGACAAAUAGUGGUAACAGUAAAUUUAGUGCAAAUAAAGGCUUUUUGUGUGAAGGUCUAGGACGUGAUAAUAAAAAGAUACAACAAUUAGUUAGCACCGAAUUGGAUGAUUAUGCAAAGAAAAAAGUAGAAGAUUGGUGUGCAAGAAAUGAGAUAGCUAUUCUUCAAGAAAUCGCAGAUUUCGAAGACGACAUAUUACUGGACAGCGUCAAAUUCGACGAUUCAGUAUCAAACAAAGACUAUGAAGUAGGCACUCUAAACAAUGUUGAGACUGUGGAACUUACUAAAGAAAACAAAAAAUGUAUUGAAUUUGAAAAAUUACCGAGUGACAACGAAUCCGACAAUUCUCUGGGUAAUUGUGAAAUAACUGAACAGCAACUGGGCUUAGCUGGUACAUUGUCGAAAUCACUAGAGGAAAAGUAUGGUAAACAGCAAUUACCACCAAAACCAAAAAGUACUGAUUUUGACGUGUGCGCUGAUGCCGAAAAGGAAGCAUUCAAAGAAAAUGUACCGCAUGAUAAAGAAAAAUUGCUCAGUGGUGUAGAAUCGUUAGCAUCCACAAGAAGCGGAGUUUCUAGAAAGCAAAAGUUGUUGGAAAAACGCAAACAGAUAAACAACAAACAAACUGAUGAAUCAAUUAUAACCGACAAGCUGCAAGAGUUAACUUUAAAACCAGAAAUUAACAAGAAUAACCUUAUAGAGUUAAUAUCCAACGCAAGCACUACGGCGGAAUCUGAUAUUAAAAAGCAUACGCGAGAAACUAUUACAGAGAAUAGCGAAAGCAGCAGUAUUAAUGCCAGCGUGGUUUCAACAAAUGUAACCAAUACUCGUGCAAAACGACAUCUACUCAAUCGCCAACGGGCAUCAAUGAAGCAGGAAGAAAGCACCACUGACAGCACAUCUACCAAUGAACUAACACCACAAACAACAAGCGUCUCAUCCAAACGUAUGGAAUAUCUACGCAAGCAACGUUUAGAAAAGCUUAAAGCGGAAAAUAAUGAAAAUCCGAAACAAGAAAGCUCUGCAGAAGAACCUACUUCCAAAAGUCAAGACCAGGCACCAUUAAAGAAGUUGGUUGAAAAGAGCGCAGCGCCCACUGCUCCCGCUAAGUCCAGCGCACAUAUUGGUCGUUUGUUAAACUUGCGCAAAAAGAUUCAGGAUGUAAAGCCAGACUCAUAUUUCGCAUUAACCAAUAACCGUUCACGUCCGACUACUGAGACCUUAAAAGAAAGCAACACCUUCCAUGGUUUACGCAUGAUACCGGCCGGUUUUGAUAUAACCAAUUUAAAUCACUAUAAAGACGAGAAAAAUCAUUGGCAUCGCAAGGCGACUACGCGUUUUGAUCACGUGCCACACGACGCGAAUGUGGUGGCAAUGGAAAUGAAAAUGACUAGAGAAUACAAGUUACCUGAUAGCGCUGGAUCCAAAGCAGUUGAAACUGCAGCAAGCACAACAAAACAGGAUAAUAUAUUAGAUACCACAGUGCCAGAGUUAAGCGAAGACCCCAUAGAUUUUAGCAUAACUUCGGAGGCCAAAAGCAAAGAGUCUACCACGCCAGAGGAGCUGUCACCUUACAGUAGCAGCAGCUCACCUGCACCAAAAAAGUAUGGACGCUAUCGUUCGUUAAAAUCGCCCGCUACACAAAUGAAUAAAAUCGAUGAAAUACUACGUUCUGCCUAUAAUGAAAAAGCAGGCGGUAAUAGCGAGAUACUAGACCUGGACAAUGUCAAUGCUAGCGCUUGCAAGGAUGAUUCGGACAACACGGAGCUAUAUUCGGCUGAUGAUGGUACAAACGGCACCACUACAACCGAUAAUGACGAUAUGGAUUUGGAACAUAAUUCUACAUCUAAUAAACGUUCACUCAUCAGAAAUCGGCUGCUGAAAAAGUUAGCAGCACAACAGGAACAUUUGAAACAAAUCGAAGACAAAUUAACCAACGAAUUGAAUACAACAAAACCCGAAAUCUUUCGUAUACACUUGCCAGAAGUUAAAGAGCUGCGUGCUGUGGAGGGUGAACACAAGUUGAAAACCAAAUUUAUUGAUCACUUGGUAUUGGCGCAUUCGAAUGUACCGCUAACGGCGCUCACAAGAAUUUCAGAGGCAUUCUUUCUAAAGGAAAUACACGACGAAAUGGAAAAUAUGCGCGUGACAAAAUUGUAUCGCAUACAAGCUUACGCCUGGCCACACCUGCUACGUGGUAAUUCAAUGUUUGUCGUAAAUCCACACAAGUCAGGCAAAACAUGGAGUUAUUUGCCGGCUAUUUGCAGUCUCGUUGCUUAUCGCAUACAAAGUUGUCGCAUUGCCGAGACUUAUGGUCCAGUCGCCAUUAUACUGCUACCGACUUCGGCACACGUCGAAAUUGUGCAUAAUUAUUGCAAGCGUUUACUGUUAGGCGUACGUCCGGCAGUGACCACGGUUGCUUCGUAUGGUGUACGAAAUGCGAAUGAUGCUAAAAUACAAUUGCUCAAUAGUUGUGGCAUAUUGGUGGCAACGCCGGCUAGUUUGCUGCGUUUGUUGCGUGAUAAUGAGCAGGAACCUUUAAUUGAUAUGGAGCGUUUAAAGCAUUUGGUCAUCGAUGAUUUGGAUUUAAUGCUCUCGCGUUCGCAGAACGAUAUCGAAUUGGUAUUGAAGACCUUAUUUAAACUAUCCAAACGGGGUAAGGACUCUGCAAUGGCUUGGCAAUUAGUGGUGACAUCACGCGAUUGGGAUUCCCUGCUUGUGGCGCUUAUGCGUAAAUCCAAUCAACCGUUGCUUUUGAUUGGGGAUUUCCUUGAAGCCGCCGUGUAUGGCAGAGUUAUGAUAUCCAUCAAGCUCUGUCCCAGCGAGCGCAAGAUAACCACAGUUCUGGAAUUCAUCGAACAGAAUUCGCUCGAAAACGAACGCAUACUGGUGCUGUGCAACAGCGAUGACGAUGUCUAUGAGGUCGUGGAUGGCCUCACCACUUCGGCGCAUGUCUGCAUUGCCUAUGACAAUCAUGCUUCAGCCGAUGUGCGCACAAUAAUCGAGGAGUGGCGCAAGAAGAAGGUUAUGUCAUCACGCAUACUAGUGUGCGCCGAUUCCUCAUUUCCCGAGCUGCAAAUACAGAAUGUCUCACAUGUCAUACACUAUUCAAUGCCCACAUCUUGGACUAAGUUUACAGCACGUUUCUCUGCUUUAGCGCAAACUUAUGAUAACUAUGUGAGUAAGAAUUUCGAAAUUCCCACUGGCGUGGAUCGCCCUACAGCGCGCUCACUAAUACUGCUUGAUGAGGAGAAUAGCAUACAAUUGCCGCGUUUAAUGGAUUUUAUGAAGAAGCAUGAUCAAUUGAAAUUUAUACACGCCGACAUUUUGGCCGUGUCCAAGCGCGUUUUGGUCGAGCGCGAAGAGGCGCGCAUACUACAUGGCGCACGCAUGUGUCCAUUUGUUCUGGAGUUCGGCGAAUGCGAUGAAGCGCGUUGUGAAUUUCGACAUAACCUCACACGUUUCGAUGCGGUCGUUAAAAAGGAUAGAAUACCGACCAACGGCGAUAUGCGCAUACUCAUAUUAAAGGUCUUUUCACCCACGCACUAUGCUGCACGUCUACUACAACAACGUACAGCCAACUCUAAUAAAUGGCAAGAUGUUCGACGCUCGCCGGAGGUCUGCAAUUUCAGCAUGCAAUUAAAUUUGCAUUAUUUGAAACAGGAAAAUUGGAAUCUGCUUUGGCCGCUACAUAUCGGCGAUUUGUGUGUCUACAAAUAUGCUGAGACAUAUCAACGCGCGCGUAUACUUGAGCUGCCUGACGUAUCUAAUACCGCUAUUAUUAAAGCGAUAAAGCUUACGCUCAAACUAAUCGAUGAGGGCAGCAUUAUAUCGAGCGUUAAAUCGGAUGAACUCUACGUGUGUGCUGAUAAAUUCAAAGAUUUUCCUGCACAAGCCAUAAAUAUACGCCUAACGGGGGUUGUGCCGUUCGACAACGAACGCACCUGGGACACGAAGGCCACUAAAACUGUACAGCAAUGGAUAAUGAGCGAUAUAAAAAAGAAUGAAUGCGUGCAUGUAAGCAUUAACUUCACGCUAAUCGAUACAAUUUGGGUGAACAAUGUCAUUGUCAUGGAGCAACUGGAACAAGUGGGACAAUAUGUGUAUCGUGUGAACUUGAAACGCUCAUUGAUGGAGAAAAAUAUAGCCGAUGUGGGUGAUAGCAAAAGACAGGGUAUACGCGAAAUAGCUGAGGAGUUGGGAUUGCUUGCUUAUAGCGACGAAGCAGACACGCUCAGUGACUCUGAGAGUGAAUUCAAAAGCUUCAGUGAGAAUGAUACAAGUAAUCUUAUGAAAUUCUCCUCGAACGACGACACCGCCGAAAGUGAGAAGUUGCAACAAGUGCAGAGGCAAGCAGCAAAUACGCAAGAAGUGGCGGAAUCAAAUUCGCUAAUACAAAUCGGUGACGAGAAUGUGAAUGAUGAUGUGGAAGAUUGGGAUGCGCAGUUGAAUGAUAAUGCUAAUAACGCUAAAGAGAUUUACUUACCACUACAAACAACUAUUAAGAUCGAAGAAGACGAAGCCUCCACAAUAACAACACUGCCGACAACAGAGAAUGACAAACUUAUUUCAACAGAUAUCCUAACCUCUAUAAACGGCAAGGAAGCGUGGCUGGAAUUGCCUUUAGAGCAAAUGGUAAAAGUGGAAAUCGGCAGUGAGGACGAAAAUGGUAAUUGGAGCGAUAUUUACUUGCAACACAUCGACAGCGAACAAUUGGAUAAAUUUGAUGAACUACUAUUGCUAAUUAAUAAACACAUUGCCAAAUUGAAACGCAAGCCGGCAAUGCCAUUCCCCGCCUCGUGGUUCAAACCAAUGCAGAAUUGUAUAAUACAUCAUGAUAACCGUUAUUUACGCGCCAAAUUGUAUGGCAUCUUCAGCAAUAAGGCGCCAGCUAAUGCCGCACCUAGCACAAUUUACCGCUUCUUUCUUUGUGAUUAUGCAUGCUUCGUAAUGGCUAAAUCGGAUGAGUUGUACAAGGAUUUCCUAUAUCCCACCACAAAAGAAAUUCUGGAAUUCACGCCUUAUCAAGCCAUACACUGCCGGUUAGCUGGCAUAAAUUUCAAUAAGUUUGCAAAACGCUAUAAAAUCACCAAAGAUUAUCUCUUUGCAUAUGCUGUGAAAGCGAGCGGUUGUGCAUUAACCUCAACUAUCGCCGAUUUCAAUAUAAAUUCCUAUGAAAUACUAUUGUAUGAGAAUGAAACGGAAGACAAUUUGCAAACCAUUGAAUUGUUCAAUAAUAAAUUAAUAGAAAAUGGCGUUGCCACUGCGAAUGAGUCAGCCAAAGAGGUUUUUCAAAAGCGUAUAGCAGCGCCUAAAGCGCCUAAAGAUUUAUGUAAUUUCGAUGAGCUGCUACAAUGCAUACAACGUUCCUUUGAGUUAGAGUUGUGUGAGUUUGCUGAUACGAGCACUAAAUCACCGCUACUAGCAAUUGAACCGCCUAUACAAGCGGCGACGGAAAGUAUUGAAAAGUUGCCAGAGCGCACUAACAAACCGCUGGCUUAUAAACCAUUAAAAUCAAAAUUCACACCGAAUUCAAGCGGCAAUGAAGAAGAACCACCACUAUCGUCCAACAAAACAUCAAGCAUUAGCGACAACUGUAGUGCUACACUCAACUCCACAUCGACCGCUUUGGACACCACAUCUUCGUCUACAAACUCUUUAACGCCACCACCAGCUUUAAAGGCGAAUCACAAACGUCCGCAGCUCUCCUGGUACGAUACAGACUGUUUCAUUUACCUUGUCAUACAUGCGCCCGAUGUUGUUGACUAUUAUCUCGAAGUUACAUCAGAUACAUUGAUAUUCUCAGCUAAUAUACAAGAUGUGCCACAUGCGUUAGUGUUAAAUUUGCUUGGUUUGGUUGAGCCUUCGCUAGUUUCGCAUGAAAUACGCGGUCUAAAUGUGCUUGUGCGCUUGGUUAAGGGUGUUUUUAUGAAAUGGCCACGUUUGUUGCAACAAACGUUGCGUUAUACUUGGCUCACGUAUAACUUGAAUGCGAUCGAUUUGGCAGAAGUGGAGAAGUUGCUGCCACAACAGCAAUUGGAAAUGAUAUUACAAAAGACAGCAGCAUUAAAUCACAAUGACGGUUAUAGCAGCGAUGACGAAUCUGAUGAUGAACGCAAUUUAUUUCAAACAUAUACGCCGAUAGUUAAUAGUGAGGACUUAUGCGAUCCGACUGUGGAGCUGUUUUGAGAGCGGGUGUCUGUGAAUUUCAAGCCAUAUAAAUUGGCUUGUUUGUUUGUUGGCUUAGGAGUGACGUUAAUCGCACUCAAAUGGCACACAGUGCAUCUUCCUAAAUUUUGAACAUUU